AUGAGUAUUACUGCAGACGAGAGUGUCUACGCACGGGACUUGUCGCACUUGUUCUCAGACGAAGCGCGUCGACGCAAGUAUUCGCCCAUCAAAACCACGAUGGCUUUCUUUCAGGACCCCAGCGUGGUGUUUUUGGGUGCUGGGAUGCCACCUUUGGAUCUCUUUCCACUACGAUCUAUCGCCGUGGAGGCACCACAGCCACCAUUUUGCGAGGGCUUGGCGCAGUACGAGGAAACACUGACAUUGACGCUAGCCAAAAAGCAAGAAGACCUCACGUUUGCACAGGGUGUGCCACUGGCGCGCGGGCUGCAAUAUGGCAACUCGCGCGGCCAGAUCGAGCUCUUGGACUUUUUGAAGCAACACACGCAGAUCUUCCACCAAGUGCCGUACCAAGACUGGGACAUUAUAACCACCACAGGGUCCACCUAGAGCUGGGAUGCAUUGCUGCGUAUCUUCUGUAAUAAGGACGAUACUGUGCUGCUCGAGGAAUACACUUAUUCGUCGUCUAACGAAGCUGCAGAGGCUCAAGGUCUCCAUUGCGUGCCCAUGGCCAUGGACCACGAGGGAAUUAUUCCGGAACAGCUGGAAGAGAUGCUGACGAAUUCAGGGAUAUUUUAUACCCUGAUAUAUGCAAACCUAAGCUGUUGUACACCAUCCCCACGGGCCAGAACCCCACGGGUCGCACAAUGACAAAUCGCGCAAGCCGCACGUCUACAAAUUGGCACAGCAGCGUGGCAUGGUCAUUAUCGGAGAUGAGCCCUACUAUUUCCUGCAAAUGGACCUCUAUCUGCCCGCAAACCAACGCAACCCAAAGUCCAAUGCGGACGAUAUGUCAAAAUCUGCGUUUAUACAGUCGCUGACUCGGUCAUAUCUUGAUCUCGACACUGACGGUCGCGUGGUGCGUCUGGAUUCGGCCUCGAAGACGUUCGCACCUGGGUGCCGUCUCGGCUGGAUUGUCGGGUCCAAACAACUAUUGGACGCAUACUGGAAUUUACACGAGGAUUCUAUUCAGUCAGCAUGUGGGUUUGCCCAAAGCAUCUUGAGCGGCAUCCUGAACCGGUUGGAUCAAGACGGCUACAUCGAUUGGCUAAAGGGCAUGCGUCAACAAUACACCCUCAAGCGCGAUUUUUGCUUGGAUAACUGCUACAGAUAUCUACCGAGCGAGGUGGUCAGUGCCUCGCGUAUCUGCUGGCAUGUUUUUCAUGCUGCUACUGGAUGCAGACAAGCACCCCAAGUUUCGCACCAUUUUCGAGGGCAAGCGCGAGCUUCUGGAGCAGCAUAUUUACAAACAAUGCGUCACUGCCGGUGUGCUGGUCGCUUGUGGAUCUUGGCUCAAAGUCAACGGGCCUGCACAGUUCAGAACCAAGGGAGAAGAACGUUUGGACAAUAUGCUGAUGUUUAGAGGUACUUACGUAUCUGUGCCACUGCUGGCAAUGGUCAAGGGUCUACAGAUCCUGGGACCAACUCUCAGAGAAGAGUUUCGGCUCGCUCAGCACUGUACAUAG